CUGUCGCAUGACCCAUACUAUCGACGCGACUAGACUGUAUAUGUAUGUAUGAAUCAAUAAGGAUUUUGGAAUUUGGCCCCAGUUUCAAGUCGGAGAUCAUUUAGAGUCUACUGCGACAAAAUUUGAGUUUUAGUCGAAAAAUUAAGGAAGACACAAGGAGUCAUUUACGUUUGCAUUUCUUGAACGCUUUGGCUUAAUUUUCGCUCAAGCAGGAAAAGAGAAUCGGACAUUUGUAGAUGGAGUCGACGAGCACUGACUGAGCUUAGCUUGCGCUGUAUGCUGCCUGAGUUGGGCGAGCGAUCCGCUAGCUGCCAGGUUCCGUACGCUUGGAUGUGUCUCCCAACGACAUUUUGCUGACCCAACUGUUCAAAUUCAGAGUAGUAGAGGCGCCGGUUACCUGGGACGAAGUUCGUGCAGGCUCCACACAUCCACUCCACUUCACUUCCGCUACACUACGCUCCACCUACCUGAACUUCGGGAUGGUGAACUUGAUUGGAUAUUCCUAGUGACAAAGCAUACACAGCAUUGAUAAGGAAAAAAAAGAUGGGGGAAAGUCAAGGAGCAGCAGUUGUGAACGAGACUGACUUGCGUCAAAUAUUGGGUCACUUCUCUAAGACUCAAUACAGAGCUCGUGAUGGCAGUAGCAAAGUUGAAGGAUUUGAGAGGAAAUGUUUGGCUUUAUUUGCAAAGGAUUACAAAUACUCAGUAAUCCUGAAUUCCAAUGGGGAGUUAUGUGGUCACUACCCAGGCAAACUAGUUGUACUAGAGUAUAUGCUUGGAACAGAUGGGCUGCUGGGAGAAAGAGACCAUGUGGAGAGUAUGUAUGAUGUUACCAAGCUGAGAGAGAUGAUGUGCCGCUCAAGAUUUGCAAGGUGUAGGGAAAGAUUUGUCAUGCCAGUUAUCCUUUGUGAUGGCAAGCAUAUUUGCAGAUCAGCCACUCUCUCUGGAGGGCCUGAAAUAUAUGGACGUUCAGGAUUCAAUUACUUUUUCUCAGGAGGUGAAAGUGCAGAACCAGAGGAUGAAGAAACUUUUACCAAUCUGAGUAGGAGUCCAUCUACAAGUAGCAAUGAUUGGCCAUUGUUUGACCGGUACAGAGGUCAAGAUAUCAAGUUGUUGAAGAUGCUGUCUGUGACAACUGUAUGUGACCUCAUGCUGGAGAAUAAGAAAGUUAAGUUUGGAGUCAAUGUAACAUCAUCAGAGAAAGUUGACAAGGAGCAUCGGUACUCUGAUUUCUGCUUGCUUUCGUUGCCAUAUCCUGGAUGUGAAUUCUUCAAAGAUUUCAGAGAUAAUGGCUUCAAUGGUGUUAAUCUCUUCUUUGACUGGUCCCAGGACUUUGUAGAUGCUGAUCUGAGUAUUCCAGACAGAGUAGCCACUGCAACUGGCAUUGAUUGGCAUGUUUACAGGUCAUGGGAUCUGGUAAGGAUAACGCAAAACUAUUUGAAGCUACUCCUGUUCCUCAUCAAAGAUGGAGAUUCUGGUGUGUUAGUUCACUGUAUAUCAGGCUGGGAUCGCACACCUCUUUUCAUCUCUCUUCUCAGGCUUUCUCUUUGGGCAGAUUGCAAAGCCCAUGCAAAUCUCAGUGCAGCUGAAAUACUCUAUCUCACAAUAGCAUAUGAUUGGCUGUUAUUUGGGCACAAUCUAUGUGACAGAUUAGGGAAGGGAGAGGAUGUUUUCUUCUUCUGUUUCAACUUUCUGAAACAUAUCACAUCUGAUGAUUUCUCAUUAAUCCAAAGAAGUAGACGACACAGAGCAUCAAGUAGAGCAGACUCAGAAUCAUGUCUUGAACCUAUGGUGUUAUUAGAUCUAGAAGAAAGCAGAAAACACAAAUUAGGCAGUAACUCCAGUCUUAGUAGUAACAUCAGUAUUACAAGUAUCAGUAGUACGAGUUCACCUAUCUUAACAUCUGUUCAAGACUCAAGCAGUAAAGAAGAGACAAGAAAUGGGGAUAUUCAUCAAACAUCAAUUGGUGCUGUCAGAUAUAAUGUACCAAAGUCAUCAAUCCACCGGCCUGAGAGCACUAAGCAAACAAUCAUCCAAUCAGCAACUAGUCCUGUAGCAGUACCCAGGUCAUGUCGAAGGUCAUCGGCUGAUAUGGCAAAGUCAACAUCAUCAGCAUGUGGAAGUUGGCAGAUAAUAUCAGGUACAGGGAGUGUAAAGGGGUACUUCUCCGCCCGAGACUCUCCUCUCACUAUCAAUUCAGACAUCUCAAGUGGAUCAUGUAGCUCAGCUAACAGCAACCCACCAAUACCUGAACACAUUCCUGAGGACAGCUUAAGAAAACAGAGACUAGACCAAGUCCGUAUGGAGUUCAAUAAGAUAUACUCAUCAGUGAUUGGACCAAGGUAUGCAAUGGAACCCAGCACUGGUUUAGGGAGUGUGAUAGGAAGCCUUGUUACCAAAGUAGGACUCAAAGGUGGAAGGGGACAAUAUGUAUAACACAUGACCUUUCACAUAUGACUUUAUCUUUGUGAUGCUCUAAUUCUUCAUGUUUCAGAUGUGCCUGUUAGGAGUGCAGAUGGCAUGUAAAGCACAUGGCAUGUUGCAUAUCACUCUGAUGUCUGUUUGUACAUGGAAUUUUACCUUUCACAAAGUCUUCACACUUAGGAGGCUGUGGUUGAAAUGAAAGAUGGAAGCCCAAGAUCUCUCACUUAUCACAAUACUUGUUCAGAAGUAGAAAGUCUUUGGGAGGUGGAAGACUGAAUACAUCGCCCAGGCUUAUUACAGAUGGCUUGAUCCAAGUCAUCUGUGACUCCUCAAGUAUGAGAAUUUUUAAUUAAUUUGCAGCCCAAGUUCUCAAUUUCAAGCUCCAGUAGAAUGAUAUAAAGGUGUAAGUUUGAUUUUGAUAGCUUCCAUAUUUUUCUAGAUCAUUUAUGCAUAGAAUCUGAUAAAAAUACAAUGUUUUUCUGGUAGAUUUUAUAAAUUUGGGAUGAGUACUCUGCUGAAGUGAAUACCGGUAUAACAAAAAUAGUUCGAAUGAUUUGUAUGUUAUUUCCCCCAACACCAAACCUUCAGGAUUGGGAAAUGUAAUUUCUUUUUUUUUUUGCAUUUCUAUGGUUACAUCCUGAAGACUCAUCAUAUUGGCAAGUGCUAUCAUUGAUGUGAUCUAUUAAGUUUUUCUAAAUCACAGCUGAUGGUAGAGCUAUAGGAUAUAUUAUACAAAUAAUUAAUGUUUAUGAGUGCAAUGGACAGAAUACUUCAUGAGGUGAAAGAUAAAAUGAUCCAUUCAACGAGGC